UUGAUGGGGUGCACUGCUCUCUCCGCUUACAGCUCCGGAUACUUUUCAGCGCCCUCGGAGUCCACUACCUCUGGUUGCAUGCCAGCUCCGUAGAAAACCUACGCAGCCACAGCUAUCACCUGUGUGUUUCGAUGUCGGGGAUGCUAGUGGAAAAGAUGGCAGAUUACCUCUUGAAUGCCCAGAUUAUCACCAGGUUCGAGUGUGAUGUCAUCAAAUCCAAACCUGUGAAACUGGAGAAAGCCUCAGAGCUUCUUUCCACCAUAAUACGUAAAGGGCAGAGAGCUUGUUUGAUCUUUUACCAAACACUGGAAACAUGCGACCCCUUCCUGAGUGAAAGAAUAACAGGAAAAACAGCAAGAACAAUACAUGCUGUGCCAGUAAUGACUCAUACAAACUCAUUUCCCCAAAUUGUCCAGAAGGAAACUAACACAGAAGUGUUUUCACAAGAGAGUGGACAUAGCUCAUCCCCUUCGAAUUAUACCAUUGCCAUUUAUAAUUCUAAGCUAAGUGGUUGCGUUUUUGGUAGCAACAACAGCUUGUGUAUUAUGAGAGGAGGAACCCAUGAAGAUCCUGAAGAGUACAGCAGUGCUUAUAGCAAUUAUGGAAAUAAAUCAAAAAGAUUUUGCAUGGAUUUCAACCCUGAGAUACAACAGUCACUACAAGUACAAAGCCCUGCUGUGCCACCUCUUACCAGAAGCAUAGAAAUAGUCAGCUCAGACUUGGAGUAUGUGACUGCUGGCAAUCACAAUGUACUGAAAGUGGAAGUGGAAGAGGAUCAGGAAAGUGAAGAGGAAGAACCUGGAAGAGAAGACUGAAAAUUGCCAAGCAUUUCUGCUAUCUGCUCUUUUCGCUGGAUUCACUCUUCAAAACAUCUCAUCACUCGCAAUUCAUCAAACUCUGAAGUUUUUCAAUGAAGACGCAAUGAUGUAAUCUUCAAAGCUGUCCUGGAGGAGAUAGGCUGCGUCCAGAACUACAAAAGCUUUUGCCUACAGUACAGACUUCACAAAGAUACUGCACUGAGCUGCUGCACAGGUAACUUCUACAGAGAGGACGGCCAUGUUAA